AUGAAUGCUCCAGAUAGAUUUGAGUUAUUCAUUUUACCUGAUGGGGUUGAAAAGAUAAAAAUCAUCCCAGAUACUAAGGUCCCCAACGCAGCUAUUGUUAAAAUUGAAAGAGAAGAUCAUACUUUAGCUAAUUUAUUAAGAGCUCAAUUAUUAAAAGAUAAUAAAGUCUUAUUCGCAGCUUAUAAAGUUGAACAUCCAUUAUUUGCCAAUUUCGUAUUAAGAGUUCAAACUGAAGAUGAUUAUAGUCCAAAGAAAGCUUUAAUGAGAGCUUGUUCUGCUAUCAUUAGUGAAUUAGAUGAAAUUAAAGAUAAAUUCAGAAAAGAAUGGCAAAUUCAAAGUUUGGCUGUUGAAGAUGAAUAUUAA